AUGGCGCCUGUUGUGACAGGAUGCAGUCUGCCUGCCGAGUAUUUCCAGCAUUUUCUGUUUUUGAUCCAAGGGACUGCCUAAGAAGUAUGACACUGAACUGUAAUAACGGAAAGUUUGGGGAGCGACCUCAACCCAAACGCCUUACCAGGGAAGCAAUGAGAAAUUACCUUAAGGAGCGUGGUGAUCAAACUGUACUAAUUCUACACGCUAAGGUUGCGCAAAAAUCUUAUGGAAAUGAAAAAAGAUUUUUCUGUCCUCCUCCAUGUGUAUAUCUAAUGGGAAGUGGAUGGAAGAAAAAGAAAGAUCAAAUGGAACGAGAUGGAUGCAAUGAGCAGGAAUCACAGCCAUGUGCGUUUAUUGGGAUUGGAAAUAGUGACCAAGAAAUGCAGCAACUUAACUUGGAAGGAAAGAACUAUUGCACAGCCAAAACAUUGUACAUAUCUGACUCCGACAAGAGAAAGCACUUCAUGUUAUCAGUAAAAAUGUUUUACGGUAAUAGUGACGACAUUGGCGUCUUUCACAGCAAACGGAUCAAAGUAAUCUCCAAACCUUCCAAAAAGAAACAGUCCUUGAAAAAUGCAGACUUAUGUAUUGCAUCAGGAACAAAGGUGGCAUUAUUUAACAGACUUCGUUCACAGACCGUCAGCACACGGUAUUUACAUGUGGAAGGAGGGAACUUCCAUGCCAGUUCACAACAGUGGGGAGCAUUUUACAUCCAUCUAUUGGAUGAUGAAGAAUCAGAGGGGGAAGAAUUUACAGUCCGUGAUGGAUACAUUCAUUAUGGUCAAACAGUGAAGCUUGUGUGCUCUGUAACUGGGAUGGCACUCCCUAGACUGAUAAUUCGUAAAGUGGAUAAACAAACGGCAUUAUUAGAUGCAGAUGAUCCAGUAUCGCAGCUCCACAAGUGUGCAUUUUAUCUUAAGGAUACUGAAAGGAUGUACCUGUGCCUUUCACAAGAAAGAAUUAUCCAAUUCCAAGCCACUCCAUGUCCAAAAGAACCAAACAAAGAAAUGAUAAACGAUGGAGCCUCUUGGACAAUCAUAAGCACAGAUAAAGCUGAGUACACAUUCUACGAGGGGAUGGGGCCAGUACAUGCACCAGUGACACCUGUACCUGUAGUAGAAAGUCUUCAGCUGAAUGGGGGUGGAGAUGUUGCAAUGCUUGAGCUCACAGGACAGAAUUUUACUCCCAAUCUGCGAGUUUGGUUUGGUGAUGUCGAAGCUGAAACCAUGUACAGGUGUGCAGAGAGCAUGCUCUGUGUUGUUCCAGAUAUUUCUGCAUUCCGAGAGGGUUGGCGAUGGGUGCGUCAACCUGUCCAGGUCCCUGUCACUCUGGUUCGAAAUGAUGGUAUUAUCUACUCCACCAGCCUUACUUUCACGUACACACCAGAGCCUGGACCAAGACCGCACUGCAGUGCUGCUGGAGCCAUCCUUAGAGCUAAUUCCAGCUUGAUGGCAUCAAAUGACUCAAGUACAAACAGUGAGGGAAGUUACACAACUGUCAGCACAAACUCAACUAUUGUCACAUCAGCAGCAACUGUAGUUUCCUAACUACUAAAAUGGUUUAAAGACAGUUACCAACUUCUGGGAAGGGAGAAGACAAAACUGUUGAAGUGCUGCAGAAGAAAACAAAGAACUACUAGUGUCAACAGUACUUGUGGUAUUCUGGAAAUCACCUCCUUGUUCAGAUGAUGAACAUUUCAUUCAAGCAUAGAUAAUCUGCAGGAGGUGUUACCACAAUAAGAAAAUACACCUGAAUAUGUAUAAAACUUUAUAAAGAGCAAAAUGAAAAUCUAUUUUUCAGCUGUUUAAAGUGUGGGCAAGAUAUAAAGUGUUUGGGUGGGAUGGUGGCAAAGCAUACUAGAGAAUGCAUACAAAAAUAACAUAGUUUCUAUGGACCAAGAAACUUGUAUAAGCUUUAGUGAAGGUACAGUUUCACCAUACCUUUUUUUGUAUUAUACAUAUAGUACACUUUUGUUACCAAAUAGUUUAUAUUUUCUUCCUCUGAGCAAUGGGCUCUGAAGUAUCCAGGUUCCAGACCUGACCUUGCUGUAUAUUCUCAUCACCUAUACCAGUAAAGACCUAUAUUUUGGUCACUGGCCGGAACUGUCCUCAUUUUUGCUUUGGAAAAAAACUUGAGUCAUGUGACUUUAUCAGUUGAAGGUGUUUAAGAGAAAAGCCUAAUUUUUAUGGUUACCUGUCAAUCUGCAUACUUAAAGGAUGUCUCAAUGUAGCACCUUCAUGAUGUGGGACAAAAAUCACAGUUAAUCAAUAUCAUGAUUUAGUAUAGUUUAAGAAACAAAGAAGCACUCGUCAUAGUGUCUAAUUGUGAUCUGUUACACAAAGGCAAUCUAAAAUAUAAUUAUGUGUUGUUACUUUAUAAAAGGCUUUCUGAAACAACCAAAAUAUAGGUGUAAUGGGAAAAUGAAAUAUUUUAGAGUUCUGAUUCUUCAAUUAGAGCUUUGAUUCCAGUGAUAUUUUUGACAAGCCCUGUAUUAAGUUUGUGAUCCUUAAAGGAUAUGUAUUCUACUAUGCAUAGGCCACAGCAAUAACUGUCUUAUGAGUAUGUCUAAAUGCUUACUGGUGUCUAAGUUACCUUCCUGCUGUGCUUACAAAAAAAAACUGUUUAAAAGCAGGUUGGUAAAGGAUAUUUUCCAUCACAUACCACUCACAAUAUCUUGAAAUUCUGUCCAGUAUCAAAAAUAAAAAGUGUCAGAAUUUCAUGAUGCCACAUCAAGAGAGGUCUACAUAUAACGUCAGGCUUUCUUUAAUUGGUUUCGUGCACGGUAACAAUUCUGUGUAAAUAAAUACCAGCAAUGUGCAAACACCUUUUGUAAAAAAAAAUUAACAUGAUGUGACAGUGGGGUUGACUACACUUUAAUUCACACGUUGCUGUUUUUUUUAAUGCCGUCAACGUCGUCAUUUUUUUUUAAAGAAUACCAGAAGGGUUAUUUACCUUUUGAAUUCUCAGGAUUACCACUGCAAUCAGAUUAUGGCUGCUACCACAUUCACUAUGAUAUGUAAACUCAAAUUGUGAUAUCCUUUCAUAUCAUCUCUUAAUGCAUUGUAAUAUUGGGACAUCCCAAUGUACUUUAGAAAUGAGUAUCAAAGCUUUAAGUGACUUCUGCCCUGUCCUGCAAUACAUACAACAGUACAGAUAUGUUAAACAUAGCUUUAUUUUUUCAACCAUUUUAAUAAAACAGUAUUUAGUAGUAACUGAUAGAUUUGCUUUGCCACUUGUGAGUAAAAACUGAAGGUUUCUGGA